GCGUUCGCCAUGAGCUCGGCCGUGGCCAAUCCAAUUCUCUACGGCUGGUUGAACACCAACUUACGUCACUUUUUCCUCGCUCUUCUCCCAGACGUAAUCAACGAGCGAAAUGAAGACGAGGGGUCCACGCCCGACCUUCAAGGACCGAGACACUCGAAAAUAAGUCGAAUCCACUCGAUGAGUUCUCGGAUGAGUCGUAUGCUCCAAAGACGACAUCGACGGAAGUUGGAUGGCGAGUUGACCGAAUGUAUUGGCGGACGAGAUCGACGUGACACUCAAGAUUGCGUUGUUCGCCUUACGCCCACCACCAUGAUGGUUGGGAUGGACGAGAACGGGUCCCUUUUGAAUGAAGAGGACUCCAACAGCGUUAAAAGCUCGGUCAAAUCGAUCAAAAAUGCCAACACGAUUGGUCAAGGGCCAUUGUAAAAAAAGAGUGUUCCCACGGGACCCCAGUAUUUCGUGUCAAUCUACAAAGAGUCUUUCUGUACCUACGUAUAGUAUCUGUUCCCUCUGCCAUGGGGGAAUUUGUCAUUUAUCACUGUGACUGGCGUUGAACUACAACAUUCUCCAUGUA